CUAAUCAAUUGGACCACUCCGACUCCAGCGACUCCAGUUGCCGUUGGACGCUUAGAGCCCGUCGUUGUGCUCAAGUGUCUAGCCAGGCCCGCUUGAUCAUCGCAAGCGAAGAAAUGGCUUCACAACCGAAAGUGCUGGGCUUGCGCAUCGCUUCACAUCACGGGCUGGCAAAUAUUGCAGUUUGAUGAGUUGUCAAUGAGGCAAAGCUGCACAUCGGGGCCAUUUGCAUGCAUUCACCGCUGCCCAAAGUAGAGAGUACUUUGAUCUCGAAUUCGAGUGACUUUGCAAGGGCCAAGCAUCUCAGAUGGCACCUUAUUUGCUCGGCCGACUGACAAGCCACAUGGACAGGGGGGGACCUGGCCUGGGUGAGGCUUCACGUCUGCCGGAGUGGAGUGGCCAGCCACGCGCGAUCUGCCACGUCAGUGAAGGCAUCUCAACUCCCAGAAAUCAGGGUCACCAGCCUCAAGGAUCUGAGAACCUGUGGCGGAUAUGGGGAAAUUUUUGCUGUGGCGGAGUUGCAUGCUGCAUAUGGGAUGCCUCUCUUGUAGCCACUUUUGGAAACAUGUUCCCCAAAUCAUGCCGGGUCCUGCAGCAAGAUCUAAGACUGAUCCAGGUACGACAUGCUAGAAUUCAUGGACAAUCGGUGAGAUAUCGACGUCAAGACGCGUUUGCCGCCUUGCCAGCGCAUUAACCCAUUCUCGUCUUGCCACUAUCCAAGCUGGACUCGCACUAUGAGGUCUUCUUUCAGCCAGCCAAGCUUGCUUGAGAGACAGGGCCUAGCCGCACACACCGAUCUGGGUCCAUUUGGAGGCUCAAACUCUCACCGAACGUUUGGAACCUGACCUCGUGAUAAGGCUGCCAGCACGUAUGAGAUUCCAGAGAAUGCCUUGUGUCUUAGAAUGACGUCGAAAACACCAGGAUCGUGCGUUUCUUUUUGACUGCCGACCGUUUUACCUGGGCGUGCUUUUUUGGUCUCGUGGUGUCUUAUCUCGUCCAAAGUGCCCGUCACGAGACUAACAAUGCAUGGCGGUGAACUUUGACUGUCUGCCUACGUUGGCCAAUACGUAGACCUAUAUCGCGCAAUCGCUCUUCGCUUCGCUCAUGACUGAGCGAUCCGUUCGACUAACAAGUUUUUGCUCUGCUAUAUGCCGACUUUGAGCUCCCUCUUCGCCAUCGCCUCUACCGAAUUAUAGUACCCCAUGUCAAUAGUUAAGGACAGGGGUCUGAGCAAGACAUAGUUUUUUGCAGCGAGGAUUGGCGAACGAUGAGACGCAUUGUGGAUUAGUCGUUCACUCAUCAUAGACUUUUUACAAGGAAAAGAAGACAUGCAGGAGAGAGGGUUAUCAUUAUCCUGGUGUCCAUUCUGACAGGUCGUGGAGUGAAACGAGAGAGUGCGAGUGCGUGUGAAUCAUUGGUAGAAAACCCUUGAUCAGCAACCAAUGGCAUCGAUGAGUCCUUUGGCGAUUGACACUCCUCGGCGCUUUGCGUUGGGAUUUUCAACGAAUAGGAGGGAGGGCGAGAGACGAUAUGUUCGUGUUCACGGGACAAAGCAAAUUUGUAGAGCGGGAUAAGGCGGGACGGGAUGGCUGAACGCUGAAGUUGUGAGUCCUAUCCCGUCUGUCGAGUAUUCAUGCUCUAGCAUCGUGAGAGGCGUGCAAACUGCUGUCGCUAUCCCAACAUUCUCGCGUCUAGCAUAGACACCGCAAAAGAAUGGCCCCAUGAAGAUGGACUCCUCUCGUGAUGCUAUUCUUGUACCAACUUGGCCGCUACCUUGGCUGCAGAUGCAACUCAUGCAGCUGGUCUGGGGCUUGGUGUUUGACCGACAGGGUGUAUUUCGCCCCAGGAUCUCUCACCCCGGUCAGUGACCAACGACGAUCAAGUCCUGUCACUGAAGGAGUUGAUUCGAGGUCUGGGACUUCGUGUCAUAUUGCGAAAAUGGCAAAAAAUAUAUACAAUUCGAGAUGAAUGCUGUCAGAUCAUCCUACGAAGGAUCCGAUAAUGGUAGACUUUCCCCAAUGCGGGGCACUUUUAUAACGGGACUCGCCCGUUGGGACGGUAAAAGCUUACCCUGAAUUCUAAAAAUGUGAACGCCAGGUCCACUCAUCGCUGGAUAUGAAGGUCCAUGCAGCACUACGUACAAAGUUUUGUUGUUAUUCGCAAUCGUGAUUACUCUACUCGAUGAGACGAGAUGAGACGAUAGGUGCCUGGUGUUUGCUUACGCUCAUCAUAUUGAUUAACGGAUUUGGAAGAACAAAGUGAGACAUUUGAUAUGCAUGUCUAAGACAUGCAUAUGCCUCCAACGACGUCGCAUGUUGUGCUGAAGAACAAGAACAAUGAACAAGCGCCGUCAUGUUUCUACCUCGGAGUCACGGACGGUUUCAUACUCCCAUCGAGAUGAUGAUACCCUGCUCCAAACUCUCGAUGUCUUCACACCCACGACUCUGUCCUUCGGC